AUGUCGACAGACGACAAUGGACCGAGGAAGGUCACGUACCUGGCGGGGUACAUUAUUCUCUCUUAUGUGAUCAGUGCAAUGGGUUGCACAACCACAUUAGAACUACUCCACCGGCGGACGUCGAGGUCCGGUUUAUACAAUUGGUACCUUCUCCUAACCUCAUCGAUCACAAUGGGAGGCAUCGGGAUUUGGUGUAUGCACUUUAUCGGCAAUCGCGCCAUCGUCCUGGGCGAAGGCGAGGCAGACGUGCAAGUCAUGUAUAACGUCGCCUUCACGGGUACUUCCUUCGUGCUACCCGUUGUAGUACUGCUAUUUGCCUUCUACGCCGUCGGUGUUGAGGAAAAGGCAGGCUAUCUUCGCAUCCUCACCGGAGGCUUGCUCACUGGUAGCGCGGUCUGCGGUAUGCACUAUGUCGGUCAACUCGGAAUCUCGAACUAUAGAUGCACCUACCACGUUGCCAACGUCGUGGGCGCGGCGAUCAUCUCUAUCUUCUCCAGUACUGCUGCUCUGGGUAUCUUCUUCCGCUGGAGAGCCACUUGGACGGAUAGCUGGUGGAGGCGUGGAAUCUGUGCUUGUUUAUUGGCAGGUGCUGUCUCCGGCAUGCAUUGGACUGCGACUGUUGGAACGAUCUAUUUGGAUCACGACCGUAGGGUCAUGAUAGGAACUCAGUUGUCGAGGAGUCAGGUUGUUAUUGUCUGCACUGUUCUGGCCUGUGUUGCUUGUUUGAUCUUGUCGAUGUGCGCUAUUCUCGCUGGCCGAAAUCGCAGAAAGUCGACGGCACGUGCCCAUCAGCUUGUUCUCGCCUGUGCCUACUUUGAUCCCACUGGACGAAUCAUGGUUACGACGCAGGCUUUGCUUCCUACGAGAAAGAUUGUCGAUCAUUAUAUCGGACGGACGUUUAAAGAUGAUGACCUCACUCGCACCCACCCUACCUUUCUGUGGGCGUUUAGGGCAACUCGAAACUGGCCCGCCGUGAAAGAUCUGGUUCCCUUCAUGCGAAAUCGCCUUGAUUCCGAAGAAAGCGCCAUUGAGAAACAUAUACUAUCUCGAGGAGUGUUUAUGGACAAGGAUACGGAGUUGCAAACUGACUUUGAUACAUUGUUCAAGCAACUAUUCUGUGUCACAGCCCAAGAGCUCUCAGAUGAACUUCGUCUGCCUCUCCAGGAUUUGGGUACACUCUACGAUGAUGUUCUCUCCACUGCUAUCCCCAUCUCGCGACUGUCUCGAGCCAUGGGCCGCUCGUCCCUCCGCACUGGUAAGGGUCAAUUGAUGUUCACUGUUCGCCAGCUGCAGAAGCAUGAGGUAGAACGCCUGAAAGCACAAGGAUUCCGGUUCGCAACCAUCGAGCAUGUCACAGGAAUGCUGUCUCGACGCAUCCACGUCCCCGAAGCAAGCCUAGCCACCUCCCUUCGCGAUAUGCGCGACUACGCAAGCUCAAAUCGAGGCUUCGACGAGGGGGUACACCUCGUCAACUUCAUGAUGCGCCCAACAAUCCACGACCACUUCGAGAUCCUAACCGCCAAGGGCGUCGGCAACCCCCUCCCAUCUGCGACCAUCCCAAUAAAACAACUCCAACUCCAUCACCUAGAACUCAUCUCCCACAUGGAAGGCUGGUCCAUGGAUGCAUGCAUGCGAUACCUCGAUUCCGCCGCCGCAGCACAAGCCUUCCCCAACCUAGCCGAAUUCCGCACCCAUCUCACCAAAUCCAUAAUCACCCUCUCAAAAACCAUCCCAGAAGACCUGCGCGGCGCGGCGCAACUGUCUUCCCGCCCAUUAACUGCCCCCUGCCGUACCGCACCCUCCAACCCCGAAACAUCUAUGCAAAACAACUGCACCAUCCUCGCCUUCUGCGUUGUCGGCACACUCGACACCCAAAUCGCCAACCCAGACUACACCUUCACACCAUUCCGUCUCUUCCGCGUACAGCAACAAAUAAACGAAGCCCUCACAGACCGCGACGACUUCGCCCGCGAACUGGGCCAAGAACUCUUCUGCACAGACGUGCGCUCGGGCUCGACUGCCAGUGAGAACGAUCUCGCCUCCACGGCUAAAAUGGCCAUUCUGCGUCUUUGGCCAUCGCGCAAGAGCGCGCCGACCUCUACAUCGGGCUCUGGCUCGCGAUACUCCCAGGAAUCCUUUGUGGACCCUACUGCGACUGCGUUGCGGGAUAUCACCGUUCGCAAGGAGGUUCGCGUUGAUUAUACACACCUUCAUGAGAACUCGAAUCAGAACAAUCUCAGUAAUCGGGAUACGAAGGUUGUCGUUUCCGGUGGUAUUGAACCUACGCCUACGAGUUAUGUCGAUGAGUUGUAUAGUCUUUGCUAUGCGCCGGGUAUCCGGUUGAGGGCCGAUACGUCGUUGCAGAAUAUUUCGCGUGGAUCGACUGCAUGCUGA